ACAUUGUUUUGUCCAUCCCUAGCAACAAAAGCCGUCAAAUCAUUGUCGUCUAACUCAUUUGACUCGACAUAUUAAGCUAAAAUUUGCGUUUAAACUUUUAAUUUCGAUCGAGGCUUCACAAUGAGUACUAUUGGCACAGGAUACGACUUGUCGGCCUCGCAGUUCUCGCCGGACGGCCGCGUUUUCCAGAUCGACUACGCCUCAAAGGCGGUGGAGAAGAGCGGCACGGUGAUCGGGAUCCGAGGCAAGGACGCCGUGGUCCUGGCUGUUGAGAAGAUCAUCACCAGUAAGCUCUAUGAACCGGACGCCGGUGGCCGCAUAUUCACCAUCGAGAAGAACAUCGGAAUGGCUGUAGCGGGCCUGGUGGCCGAUGGAAACUAUGUCGCGGACAUCGCGCGCCAGGAAGCUGCCAAUUUCCGGCAGCAGUUCGAGCACGCCAUCCCACUAAAGCAUUUGUGCGAGCGGGUCGCCGGAUACGUCCACGCCUAUACUCUGUACAGCGCUGUACGUCCCUUCGGGCUGUCCAUCAUUUUCGCCUCCUGGGACGAGGUCGAGGGUCCACAGCUCUAUAAAAUCGAGCCUUCUGGCUCCUGCUUCGGCUACUACGCCUGUGCCAGCGGUAAGGCUAAGCAGCAGGCGAAGACGGAGAUGGAGAAACUGAAGUCUGACAUGAAGAUCGACGAUCUUGUGAAAAGCGCCGGAGAAAUCAUCUACAAGGUCCACGACGAACUGAAGGACAAGGACUUUCGCUUCGAAAUGGGACUGGUGGGCAGGGUUACCGAUGGUCUGCAUCGCAUAAAUCCCCCAGAACUGACGGAGAAGGCGCGAAAUGCCGGAGAUGCCGCCAACAAGGAGGAUGACAGCGACAAUGAGACGCACUAGAUUGUUAGUGGCAGUGAAUAUAAUUCUUGGCCUAAAUGCAUAACGUUAAUCAUAUAUUUCCCUAAAGCGAAAAAUGUAUAAAACAAAUCGGGUGAACAAA